AAUGUAAAGGCCGAAUGUUUUUCCAGUGGUUGUUUGAAAGAGGUGACUGCUCACAUUGCGGUUGCGGCUCCUUGCUUCCUUCCUUACCGUUUUUAGGUCAAUUAAACCUUGAAGCUCAGCUGGAAAGCCCCACCUUGAAAAAUAGCCCCGUUUUAACGCGUCGCGCCUUCCACCAUCUCUUCUCACUUAGUUCAACGGUCUUCACACAAACUCUAUUCGUUACUCUAGUAUCCCAAUGAUACUAAAAACGUUAAAAAAACUCCUCAACCUUUUCAUGAAUUUCGAGUCUUAGGAUCAAACCUAUCCAAAUUUGUAGCGGUUCCAUUUUCAGGUGUAAAAAUGGAGUCUACCUCGACACCCCGCAUUUCUGCCAGCCUAAUGGAUUCCUAUGUUGGCCAGAACGUCAUCAUCGUGGGCAAGGUAGUCCAACUCCGCGGCGACACGGCCUUCCUUGAGGCUGAUGGCCAAGUUCAAGCCAACCUCAAUAGAGAUUGUCACCUCAUGGUUGGAAAUGGAGCUCAGAUUAUUGGAAAGGUGAACCCAGACCUGUCCAUCAAGGUGUUGAACGCUAUAGAUCUUGGCAAUAAUGUUGAUUUCCAAUUAUGCCAAAACGUCGUUGAUGUUACACAUCAAUUCAAGGAGAUCUUCGUAUACUCCGAUCAGGGUGGGAUGAACUGACGAUUUGCACACGGACGCGUGUCUCUGGGAUGGCCGGCUGGCUCGCAGCAGCAUAAACAGCAGCAGCAAUAUUCAUCUCAUCAAUCACAACCUCAGCCUCAAUCUAUAGCACAAACUCGACAUCAACAAAAACAAAAAAUAAUAACUGUUGCUGAA